AUUCUCUGGUCACCACCAAUAUUUUGCAAAAAUUUCAUCCGUUCUUUAUCCACAUAAUUUUGAGUUGAUUGAAAUAUAAUCGGUGGUUAUUUAUCAUAUAUUACGAUUAAAACAUACUCCAAUUGGAACACCUUGAAUGCGAAUGCGACUGUUCUUUUUCAUUCUGUGUAUUUAUAUGUAUUUGUAUUCGUAUUCGUGUUGGUUUUGUAUUGGCAGCUGUUGUCACGCCACGUUCAUGAAAUGGGUCCAUUGCGUAGCGCAUUCGGUGUUUCUGUUUUCAGUUAGCAAUUAGUCGAGAGGAAAUUGAUUUUUUUCUCUAGCGAGAUAAAAAAAGUCGUUUUCGGACGUGAAGAAAAAAAGUAGAUAAACAGAUAAACUGUGAUUUAGUUUUUUUUUAUUGAAACUUUCCAAAAUCUCAUUUCACAAUGAGAAAUUCGGCAAAAUUUGUUCAUUUCCUUUGCUCAAUUAUUGGUUUAUCACAUGUCGUCUUUGGCACUGAGUUUACGUUCGACUUGGCCGCAAAUGGCGAGGAAUGUUUUUUCGAAAAUAUCAAUCAAAAUUCAAAGUGCCAAUUUGAGUUUCAAGUUGUGAGUGGCGGUCAAUUGGACGUUGAUGUCAUCAUUGAAUCACCUAUGAAACAAAUCAUAUACAAAGCGGAACGAAAAGAGCUCGAUCGGUUCAAUUUUAAUACAAGUGAAACUGGCGUACAUCGGAUUUGUUUCAACAAUCAAUUCUCAACGUUCACCGAAAAAUCGAUAUUCAUAUUAUUCGAGACUGGAAGGACGAAUCAAUUGCUGCAGCUACUUGAGGAGCAUGACCAUGAAAUGACAUUCAUGGAAUCCAGAGCAGAUCAAAUUCACGAUUAUUUGGAAAAUAUCAUCAACUUGCAGACAUACUACCGUCUGCGAGAAGGUUAUGGUCGUCGAUUUGCCAAGGAGCUGAACGAUCGCGUUCUCUGGUGGUCUGUAACGCAGACAUUCGUUAUUUUGAUUAUCGGCAUAACGCAGGUGCUGGUACUACGGAAACUGUUCGAAAAGGAUCCAAGUUCAAACAAAUCAAAGAUCACGCUUGCCCAUCAGAUUGAAGUUUUCGGAUAAAUUUUACUUGUCAAAUUACCCUCUGUACGUUAAGAGCACAAUACAGCCGCAUUCAGUGCAAAGGAUUGAAUUAGAUCAAGGAAUUUGAAAAGAAAAGGAAAUUGUCAACCAAAAACCUAUUUGAAUAAAAAAGAUUCGCAUGCAGAACGUUAAAUCCAUGUGAUUUUGUUAUAUCUCUUUAAAAUAGGAAAUUUUGGAAAAAAGCACGGUUUUCAGAGAUUGAUUGCGAGGAUCGUUUCGAUAAACAAGGUUGUAAAACCGCUACUGUAUCCAACGAAGGAAUCUGUCAAAAUGGAUCAUUCAAUGACAAAGCCAGCCGUCCAGAAGAAUGUAUCAAUUGUUUCUGUUUCGGUGCAUCAUCGCAAUGUAAAUGCGCCAAUUUGUUCAUAUUUACCCUUCCAACACCAGUGACAUCGCUUACAGUGAUCGGCGUGCAUGGCCCAUGGACUGGAAAACAAUCGAUUAGCAUCAACAACGUAUUCGAUAAACACGAUUCGCUCGCAACACUCCAUGGCGUUCAAAUGAGAUUAACCAAUUUGCCGGUGUCCGGUGAAUUGCCAUACUAUGCACUCCCAAGCGACUAUCUUGGAAAUCAAUUGAAAUCAUACGGUGGCACAUUCAAAUAUGACGUUGAAUAUAGCGGACGUGGCAAUUCAAAUGAUGCACCAGACGUCAUCAUUAAGGGUAACGAAAAAAUCUUGGUUUACCGCAGUCCAAACCCUAACAAAGAGGGCAUUCGUAAUUCAAUAUCUGUUUCGUUUGUACCGGGUCAAUGGCACAAACCUGAUGGAAGUUUGGCUUCACGUGAAGAAAUCAUGAUGACAUUGGCUCAAGUGGAAAAUGUUUUGAUUCGAUUGCAAUACAUCGAUGCUGUUCAACGUGAAGUUGAAUUGUUGCACAUUGUGAUGAAUUCAGCUACUGUCAUCGAUCAAGGUCUUGGAUCAGCAUCACUUGUCGAAGAGUGUCGAUGCCCAGCUGGUUAUUCAGGUUUGAGCUGUGAGUCUUGCGCACCUGGAUAUACUCGUCAAGAAAAUGGUGCUUGGUUAGGCCGUUGUAUUCGCGAUGAAGAACCAUGCCAACCAGGAAAUUAUGGCGAUCCAUACCGACAGAUUCCAUGCAAACCAUGCCCAUGUCCAUCGACAACCAGUGGAAAUAACUUUGCCCGUACGUGCUACUUGGGUCCAGACGGUGAACUUGUUUGUGACUGCAACCGUGGAUACACUGGUCGUCGUUGCGAACAAUGCGCCCAAGGAUUUGUCGGUAAUCCAUUGUUGCCGGGUGGUUCAUGCUCAGUCGAACAACCACAAGUUUCGCACUGUGAUCCACGCGGAACACUUCGUGAACACUCAGACGGCCGUUGCGAAUGUAAAGAACAUGUAAUUGGCGCCCGUUGUGAUCAAUGCUCAAGCCAUUCAUUCUUCUUAAGUCCAAGAUGGAGGACCGGAUGCAUUCAGUGUUUCUGUAACGGUUUGAGCCAAACAUGUACCAGCAGCUCAUUGUUCAGAGAUUCAACUGUCGCUACAUUCGCCCCGAACCGCCAUGAAUUCGCUUUGAUCACUCAUUUCGAAAAUCCACAAGAAAGUGACCUUGAAAUUAGCUCAUACAACAAUGAAGUUUUGAUUCAAAAUUUAGCUAGUGAUCCAGAUGUUUACUUCUGGCGUUUGCCAUCACGUUUUGUCGGUAACAAAAUCACGUCGUAUGGUGGAAAUCUCAACUAUACCAUUCGCUUUGUGCCAACACCUGGUGAAAUUAUGUCUCGAAACAACGCACCCGAUGUGGUAAUUUGUAGUUUGAACGAUUUGACCAUUUUGCACUACCGUCGCGAUGAAAUCGCUCCAAGCAUUUCACAACCGUAUGUUGUACCACUUUUGGAAGAGAACUGGCAACGCAUCGAUGGAAAUACAAUCGAUCGUGAAUAUUUGCUCAUGACUUUGGCCGAUGUAUUGGAUAUUUUCAUCAAGGCAACAUACACGACCACAACUGAUGAAGCCGCUUUGUCUUCGGUCAUUUUAGAUACGACCAGCAUAUAUUACACUGAAAACUCAACUCGUGCCUCUGAAAUUGAACAAUGUGCAUGUCCACAAGGUCAUCAAGGAAUCAGUUGCGAAGAUUGCGCUCGUGGCUACACACGCAGCGAUAAUGGUCUUUACUUGGGAGUGUGCCUACCAUGCGAUUGUAACGGACAUUCAGAUGAGUGCGAUGCUGAAACUGGCGUUUGUCACAACUGCGGUGACAACACUGAAGGUGACCAUUGUGAAGUUCCACGUCAGGAGCAUAGACCAAAUCAGAGUAAAUAUUCUCAGAUUCCAGACGUGCCAUGGUAUCAAACCACAUAUUUCACAAUCGGAUUAGUGAUUCUGAUAUUCAUAUUGGCGGUGUGUUUGGUUUUAUGUGCAUGGGCUGUAUAUCGUCAUCGGAAAAGACUUAAAAAAGCUGGAUUGAGCAAUUUUGUGGACGGAAAUUUAGAUGGUUUUAAUCCAGAACUGGCAUUAGAUGUUCAGGCUGACCUACUGCCCUAUGAUAAAAAAUAUGAAUUUCCACGCGACAAACUGAAAUUUGGCAAAGAGCUUGGCGCUGGAGCUUUUGGAGUCGUCAAGGAGGCAACGGCACAGGGCAUUAUACCCGGUGAGGAGGAAACAAGAGUUGCCGUCAAAAUGGUGAAGAAUAUUGCUAGCAAUGAGGUGAUGCGGGCAUUAUUAUCCGAACUGAAAAUCAUGGUCCAUUUGGGUCGACAUUUGAAUGUCGUCAAUUUACUUGGCGCUGUUACUAAGGAUAUCACAAAAUUCAAUCUAAUGGUCAUCGUCGAAUACUGUCCGUUUGGUAGUCUUCAUAGCGUUUUGGUGAAGAACCGACGAUAUUUUGUGGAUCAAAUUGUGCCAGGCAAAGAUGAAAUUAAUACUAAAAUCGCUCCAACCGUCAUCCCGACUAGUUCCAAACCUUUAUCAUCAGACAGCAGAAAGGUCAAUAACGUCGACUGCGAUUUGCUGAACAAUUUGGCGAGUGUUUAUCAAUCAAAGGCAGAUAAUUAUACAUCAUUUGACGUAUCCGGUGGUACCAGCAUGGAAACGGUGCGUCAACCAGAAACGACUACCAUUGAAAGAAAUAGCGGCUGUGUAGUAAGGGUGGACGAAUCAACAGAUGAAUCAACGCGUUCAGUGACAACAAAAGAUUUGCUCGUCUGGUCAUUCCAAAUUGCACGCGGAAUGGAUUAUUUGGCCUCACGAAAAGUGUUGCAUGGUGAUCUGGCGGCACGAAAUAUCCUAUUAUGUGAAGGAAAUGUUGUGAAAAUUUGUGACUUUGGAUUGGCCCGAUCAUUGUGCAAAAAUGAGAAUUAUCAAAUGGACCCAGAUAAAAAGACUUAUUGCUUACCAUAUAAUUGGCUUGCACUGGAGUCGAUAAAUGACCUUGUGUUUAGUGCACAUUCCGACGCCUGGUCAUUUGGAAUUUUGAUGUGGGAAUUAUUUUCGCUCGGCGCAACACCUUAUUCAGGAAUGGAGCCUUACGAGGUGAAGCGCAAAUUGAACGACGGUUAUCGACUGGAAAAAGCUGAAUUUGCCACGCAAGCCUUACACGAUAUCAUGCUGUCUUGUUGGCGUCUUAAGCCCGAGACACGUCCCACAUUCAGUGAUCUGGAGCAAAGUAUUUCGAAAAUACUUGGGAAUGCCGAAUCGGAUCAUUAUGUGGAUUUGAAUGAGCCAUAUGUAGAGGCGAACGAGAGCCGAUUCAACUCUGGUGAUACCGAUUAUUUGGCUAUGCUGGGAUCGCCUAAUUGUCAAGCACCGUCCGUGCCGGUGAAUGUGUUACGGGAAAAAUACUUCCCAUUCUUAGCCAAAUCGCCAGACGACACACUAACUGCGAUAAAUGGCCUUUAUGUUGAAAGUGACACACCGAAAUCAAACAAAAAAAAUCAUAACAACUCGGAAACAUCUAUACAACUUCAAUCAUUUAAACCAAUUAAUUAAAUUAUUUUUGGUAAACGGAGAGGAAAAAAGUAUAUCGCAUAAGAACGAAUACUCAAGUCAAUGUAUUGUUCAAAAUCAUUGGUCUACUUUUUCAAUUAAAUUGAUUGAAUAAAGUAAUUUUAACAACGAACCAAUAAA